AUGCUCGGAGUCGGCACUCGCAGCACCCUGCAGGCGGCGAUGCCGCUGCUGGCGGCCAACCAGACGCGAGGCAUGGCCACGCUGAAGGACAUUCGCGUCCGCCUCAAGUCGGUGACCAACAUUCGCAAGAUCACCCAGUCGAUGAAGAUGGUGUCGGCGGCGAAGUACGCCCGCGCCGAGCGCGACCUGAAGAACGCCCGCUCCUUUGGCAGCGGCGCCCAGGCCUUUUACCGCAACGCCGAGCUGGAGACGCCGGAGGAGAAAGAGGCGGAGGUGCCGAAGCCGGGCACCCUCAUCCUCGCCAUCACCUCCGAUCGAGGCCUCUGCGGCGCCGUGCACUCCUCGGUGGCGAAGAAGGUGCGCGCCAUCAUGGCCAGCGAGCCCGAUGCGGCCAACAUCAAGGUGGUCUGCGUGGGUGACAAGGCGAAAGCGAUGCUCGCCAAGCAGUUCCCCGCCAACAUCCUCAUGAUGUUCAACGACUUCGGGAAGAAGCCGCCGCAGUUUGGCGACGCCCUCACCGUCGCCACUAACGUCCUCGAGUCGGGCUACGAGUUUGACCGCGGCAUCAUCCUCUACAACCGCUUCAAGUCGGUCGUCUCCUACACGACCACGGCGAUUCCCGUCUUCAGCUCGGCCGCCAUCACCGCCUCCCCCAAGAUCAGCAUCUACGACAGUCUGGACGAGGAGGUGCUCAAGUCGUACUACGAGUACAGCCUGGCCAGUCUGAUCUUCUACGCGAUGAAGGAGAACGCCUGCAGCGAGCAGAGCAGCCGAAUGACGGCCAUGGACAGCGCCAGCAAGAACGCCGGCGAGAUGAUCCAGAAGCUGACGCUCACCUUUAACCGCACUCGCCAGGCGGUCAUCACCAAGGAGCUCAUUGAGAUCAUCUCCGGCGCGGCGGCGCUCUAA